ACAAUUUUACAGUUUUUUUCUUUCUUUUUUGAUACUUCUACCUCCGAUCCUAAAUUGUUGUCAUUUUACAGGAGAGUUUGUGUCACGACGGUUUUACUUUUACUUGGGUGGAUAGCGGCAGUUUUAACUGUCAAACAGGAUAGAGCUAAACCCCUGCUUCCUCUGCUCCACCUUCCAUUCGUCUCCAAUGGCGGCCACCACUCUCCCCCACUGCCAUCUCCGCCUCCGCCUCCCGCUGCACUCACCCAACCCCUGUCCUCCCCGCCGCCGCCGCCGUCUUCUCCUCCCCUCCUCCGCAACCUCAUCGCGCCUCCAGAACCCCACAACCACCACCACCACCCGCUACCCCCUCCUCCCGCCCUCCCCAUCCCCGGCUCUCCUCGCCGCCGAGCAGACCUCCCUGGACUCGCCCCGCACCCACCGCUUCCCGGGCUCUGUCGCGCCUCCGCUGCCCCCGGACCCGGACCUCGACGCCAUCCCGGCCGACGACGACGUCCUGCGCCGGGCCCUCCAGGUGCGCCGCGCGGUGGCCGCCGAGGCGCUCGUGGCCGUGCUCGCCGGCGGGAAGGUCGGGGGGAUGACCUACGUCAAGAGCCUCACGGCCCGGAUGGGCGCCUUCGUCGACCGCGUCGUCGUCGGCGCCGCCGCCAUGCGCCGCGACCGCCCCGACCUCGCGCACCAGUCCUUCAACGCCCGGGCGAGGGCCUACAUCCAGGAAACCGGCGUGGUCGAGCUGGUCAGGUGGUUCAAGCACAACUCGUUGACAUAUCCACAAAUUGCCAAAGUAGUUUGCUCCUGUUCUGGUGAUCUGGAGAGAGUGAGGAGGAUGAUAAAGUGGUUGAGAUCAAAUUAUGUUAAAGGAGAAUAUUUGGGACGUGUGCUUGCAAGGGGUGAAUCCAUUCUGAAUCGCACGUUUGAAGAACUGGAAGAGAUUAUUGGCUAUGUGGAAAGCUGUGGUGUUAGGAGAGACUGGAUUGGCCAUGUGAUCAGUAGAUGUCCACAGCUAAUGAAUUUGUCCUUGGAUGAGCUAGAGACAAGGGUGCGAUUUUAUACAGAUAUGGGGAUGAAUGAGCAUGACUUUGGCACUAUGGUCUACGAUUAUCCAAAAGUUCUUGGAUAUUUCAGCCUAGAAGAGAUGAAUAGUAAGGUUCAAUAUCUUAAAGAGUUUGGUUUGAGCACUGAAGAGGUUGGGAAGUUGCUGGCUUUCAAGCCACAGCUCAUGGCCUGCAGCAUUGAGGAAAGGUGGAAGCCACUUGUGAAGUACCUGUAUCACCUAAACAUUUCACGGGAUGGUAUGAAGCGUAUGUUGACGGUCCAACCUACUAUUUUCUGUCUUGAUCUGGAGACAGUGAUUGCACCAAAGGUACAAUUUCUACAAGAUAUUGGUGUGAGGAAUGAUGCACUUGGCAAUGUGCUUGUGAAGUUCCCGCCUGUACUAACUUAUAGCCUGUACAGGAAAUUACGCCCAGUGGUCAUAUUCCUGAGGACGAAAGGUGGAGUAACACAGGAAGACAUCGGGAAGGUCAUUGCCUUGGAUCCACAACUCUUGGGCUGCAGCAUCGUGCACAAACUAGAAGUCAGUGUCAAGUACUUCCGGUCACUAGGCAUCUACCACUUUGUACUUGGUCAGAUGAUUGCCGACUUCCCGACACUUCUCCGAUACAAUUCGGAGGUCCUAAGGCCAAAAUACCAGUACCUGAGGCGCGUCAUGGUGCGGCCGCUGAAAGAUCUCAUCGAGUUCCCCCGGUUCUUCAGUUACUCCUUGGAGCACAGGAUAGAGCCUCGGCACCGGAUUCUGGUGGAGAACAUGAUCAACAUGAAGCUGCGGUACAUGCUGCCGUGUUCCGAUGAGGAGUUUGCGCAGAGGGUGCGAGAGGCUGUCGAGAAGCGAGCGAGAUUCGAAGCUGGAGAGUAUACUCUGGAGUCAUCAGGUGCAACGGAGAAACCCAGUGACGACGCUGGUGUAGCAAUAGAUGCAGAUGCAGCAGUAUGUGAAAACAACAUGGUGGACUAAUGGAUAAACUGACAGUACGUUUGUAAAUCUUUUAAAAAUGAGUUAAAAAAUGCCCUUGUCGUGUGUGUAUAUAUUCGUGGAAAGAGGGAUAAAAAGAAGCUACUGAUACUGACUCUGAGUUCUGGGGCUACUGAUGUUCUAUAUUGUACUCUCUGCGUUGGAAAUUAUAGGGCGUAUGUUGAUUGGUUGAAACUUGAAAUAAAGAUUUGACCAGCGCCAUCACUCUGUUGA